AUGGCUUCUGACGCGCCCCCUCAAACUCCAGCUGCGCCUGGCAGCGGUGAUGCCCCAAUGACCGACUCACCUCCCAAAUACGUUCCCCAGUUCUCUGCAGCGACGGAAUUGAUUCUAAAGCGCAUCCAAUCCGGCUCUGGGGCUCUAACUGGUGGCUCAAGCCUCUCCUCAAUUGGCAUGACCGGCCCCCCUCCGGGGUAUGAGGAUAUGAAGCGCAAUGUGAUGAUGGGCAUGAAGACAUCAAUGAAUAUGGAGAUCCCGAGUCCGCCUAUUGGAAACAGGCAGAGAGCUGGAGCUGCGGGGAGAACAUCUAUGGGAGGUAGCUCGAUUGCGCCACGACCUGCAAGUACCCCCACAAGCUCUGCUGCUGGAUCAGCUAGUGGAGGCAAAGGGCGAGGAUCUGCCAGAGGGAGAGGUGGUGCGCGAGCGGGAACAAAGAGAAAGCGGAUGAAGUCUGAAAGUAUGAGUGAGGAUGAGGAGUCCGACGCUAUGUCCAAGCUUGGAGGCGAUUCAGACUCAGACGAUGCUGAGAGCGUUACGGAGCUGCCUAAGAUCACUCAGUCCGGACGUCACAUUGUCAAGCCUGCGCCUUUUAUUCCGGCUGUAUCUGAGCCUAAUUCGAGAAAACGAGCACCAUCCAAGAGGGCACAAGAACAAGCAUUGUGCAAGAGAUGUGGAAGAGGACAUAGCCCACAGAAAAAUAUGAUUGUGUUUUGCGACGGAUGCAAUCUAGGUUGGCAUCAAAUGUGUCAUGAUCCUAUUGUAUCCGAAGAAAUGGUCAACGACGAAACGGCGCCUUGGUACUGCGCGGAAUGUAGUAAGAAGAAGGGUAUUAAGCCCGCAAGCUCUGAGCCAAAAGGGGUCAGCUGGCAAGGACAUAGUGCAGAAGAGAAACGCUCGUACUUCAACUCCCUUCCACAUCAACAGCUCGUAAACCUUCUCAUGCAAGCUACAGUCCUUCAUCCGAACCUUCCAAUCUUCCCUCCCCCUCAGACUUCUAACGCCACCGCCGCUGCCAACCGCGCCAGCUCCGAGCGUCGAACGAACAUCCACCCACAACAGCCCUUUCCACCCUCCGCAACGACUUCGACUGGCCUUUUCUCCCGCGCAGAAACAACGCCAAAUGCAACUAUCAACUUUAUCCGCAAGAUAAAAACACCACCCGGUAGCGUAUCCCAGCAGAACUUAGCGCAUGCCGCGUCUGUGCCCCCAACGCUGCAUGCUCAAGGUGAUACUCAAGGUGAAGAUAGCCGCGAAAGCACACCCGCUAGCCCCCCUUACCCUAAAGCAGGCAAUGGACUGAUGGCAAAGUUAACUGCUGAUGUGGAUGACGAGGACUGGUUAGUUGACAAUAAUGAUUUCGAUGCCUUUAGCCAUGUAGUAUACGAUGACCAUGGAGUGAUGAUGGAGGAAAAUGGCAUGUCUGUUAAUGGGGGCCAGGGUACUAUUGCUUGA